ACACACACACACAGAGACACACACACACACAGACACACACACACACACGCGCGCGCUCUCACAGAUAAACACACACACAGACGGAUGACGGGAUAGAGUCAGAGAAGGACUUCCGCGUGAAUCGGUUUGCACGCAGGUAAUGAGACGUUUAUGCUGAAUUCUACAAGACAGCGGCACCGAUCCGGUUCUGCGCUGAGGGCAGUGUCAGGGCAGCGCGCACGAGACUACACCGACUGUCACAGGCAGCUUACUCUGCACUCGGAAGCGUGAAUCGGUGUCACGGUGCCCGCUGUACAGCUCCACUCCUGCAGCGUAAAGAACAGGCUGCUCGCUGCUCUUCCUGUCUGGCUGUGUGUGUGCUCCUCUUAAACUCAGCCCACACACCGAACCAAAGCACCAGCGCGAGCGCACCGAUGCACCGAUAACACAAAGGCACAGAACCGAAAAGUAAGAAGGCGUAACAACCCCGGCGCUCGCGCACAAAACUCAAUGUACCAAAAAAGUAACGCCGAUAAGAGCAACCAAAGAGGAAGAGGAGGAAGAGGAGGAAGGACCGAAGGCAGGACGCUGUAAAGCCACGCGCAGCGGCGGAUCAUGUUCGUUCCCCUGCCGGUGCCGUUAGUGCUGCAGAGAGCUGCUCCCGACCUCUGGCGCCUCAAAGCCCCGCUGCCCCUGCGCUCCACACACGAUAUCAGGAUGAAUAAAGCAGUUGAUGAUGAGAAGACUGAAGCUGACUUUCCUGAAGACAGCACAGACUUGAAGAAGAACAGUCCCAAGGCUAGUGAUCAGACGCAGCCAAUGACAAGCCCAUUCUGCCUCUCUCCAGCCCCAAGCCACACCAAGGUUAAAGCAGGAGAAGCCCCCGAGCUCAGUUCCCAUGCUCUGCCUCCUCCUCUCCCACAUACACAGCUCAUGUUGGCCGGCAGUCAGCUUGCAGGGCUGGCGGCUCUGCUACCUGCUCAGCAGCAGUUAUUGCUCCAGCAGGCUCAGGCACAGCUCCUGGCCGCCGCAGUGCAGCAGACCAAUGCAGCUCAUGCAGCUGCUGCAGCGAGUCAGCAGCAGGCUCAGCAGCAACAGGCCAAUCAGGCUCUAGCCCAAGUCCAGCCUCAAGCCAAAACGGAGCAGAGUCCUGUUCAUGCUCCACCACCACUCGCCCUCUCACAGCCCAUCCAGCUCACUGCCCAGGACAUUCAGCAGCUGUUGCAGCUACAGCAGUUGGUGCUGAUGCCAAGUCACCCUCUGCAGUCUCCUGCGCAGUUCCUCUUACCCCAGGCCCAAGCCCAGCAGAGCCAGCAGGGUCUGCUUUCAACACAAAAUUUGAUUUCACUACCUCAGCAAAGUCCUGGAUCUCUCCUGACCACACCACCCAGACUGAGCAUGCAAACUCAGCGCCAUCAUGAUGCCAGGCCAUGCUCAUUACAAAGGGAGAAGGGAAGAGACAGCAGCAUGACACCAUCAGUAGCUGCACCCAUGAGCUUGGCUGCUACAGUAACCUCACACAGCGAGGAGCCGAGUGAUCUGGAGGAGCUGGAGCAGUUUGCUCGCACCUUCAAACAAAGGAGGAUUAAACUUGGCUUCACCCAGGGUGAUGUUGGAAUGGCCAUGGGGAAGCUGUAUGGCAAUGACUUCAGUCAGACCACCAUCUCACGCUUUGAGGCGCUCAACCUCAGCUUCAAGAAUAUGUGCAAGCUCAAACCCCUGCUGGAGAAAUGGUUGAGUGAUGCAGAAACUAUGGCAAUAGACAGCAUGCUGCCCAGUCCCAGCUCACUGUCAUCUCCGAUGCUGGGCUUUGAGGGUUUGCCUGGACGACGCAGGAAGAAACGCACCAGCAUUGAGACAAACGUCCGUGUUGUUCUGGAGCGUAACUUCAUCACGAACCAGAAGCCUACCUCAGAGGAGAUCCUUCUGAUGGCCGAGCAGCUCAGCAUGGAAAAGGAAGUGAUCCGUGUGUGGUUCUGCAACCGCCGGCAGAAAGAGAAACGCAUCAACCCCUCAAGCACCACCCCUCCCCUGCCCAGCCAGCCCCCCCCUGCCACACACAAACCCCCCUGCUACAGUUCACACAUGAUGUCCAGUCAGGGACUAGUUCAGGCUACCACCUCAAGUCUCAAUGUGACAGCUGUUAGUCCCACCCCCUCUGCGGCCUGCCCUCCUAACCCUAUUGGCCAUGCAUCGAUGAGCUCUGCCCCACCAUCAGUGACUUCCCCUCCUCUCAGCACAGCUAGCCCCAGCCCCACUGGGAACUCGGCGAUGGGUGUAAGCACAAGCAUGAACCAGGCUCUCAUCAGCAGCCAUCCACUGGCUACAAUGCAAGCUCUGGCUGUCAGGGGUGGCCAGAUGCCCAUUUCAGCCCUAGAAAGCAGCGGUCAAAUGUUCCUGGCUGGGGCCACAGCUCCAGGGGUGGGACUAUGCUCCUCCCUCUUUCUUAACCGCCCCACCUUGUUGCCCAUGGCCACAGGCACCAGUACGGGAUUGGCCAACGCAGCACAUGCAUGUUCACCUUCCAGUGCCAGCCACAUGAGCCCAGACUCCUGCUCUGCCUCUCUGUGCUCGAGCCCUGCUUCCUACUGCUCCUACAGUGAAGCCUCUCCGCCACCUCUAGGAGGGGCAAUGGCAGAGUGACACCUGCAACGGCCUAUCACACGCUGAAGGGGAGGAGUCAGAUGCAGCCGAGACAAAUACAAACAACCUGCCUUUUCAGGCGAAGCCUUCUCUCACUCCCUCUAUUUCUCUCCUCCACUCCCUCUCCCACAAUACCAAAAAUAUCCUGAACACAGGAAGAAUGAGUGUGAGAAAACACGAAGAUGGGGCAGUGAACAAAGAAAUGUAUUGAUCUGUUCAUUUUAAGGGCAGAGUUGCAGUGCUGCUUUGUUAGUCAUAAACAAUAAUGUACACUUACUCCUUUAUAAACAAAAAGACACUUAUACAACCAGCUGAAGCAGAAGGUAAGCAGUGAUUGUUGAUAGCCAAACAGUGAUUGUUGUGAAAAAAAAAGGUGGCGGAUAAAUGGAAUGAAGGGAAGGUAUUUGACUGCUGUCAGCGGAUGGAAGGGAUGAGUUGAAACCAAAAAAAUAGCUUGAAAAAAAAAAAAAGACUCAGAAAGACAAAAAUGAAAAACAUGCCAAAAUAGCCAAAACCAAAACACCAAAAACUGAAACCAAAAAUCGGAGAGAAAAGCUUUACCUAAAAGACUUUAAAACCUGACUUGUCCAGGAUCAGAUCAUCAGCUCCACAUAUUCUCCUCAUUUUUCAGGUUUUCUGUUUUAUUUUUCAUUAUUUUAUAUCCUGUUUCAGUACUUUCAGAUUUGAUUUUUGCAUUAUUUUUCUUCUUAUAUGUCUUUUGUGUACAUUUACAUCUUUCUCAAACUACCUCUACCAUAAGCUUGCUAGAGUAACUAUUUGAGACUGCCAUCAUUUUGCCUAGCCACUUUUUAUUUAAGUAAUUCUUUUAUUGUUAUCAUCAUGUGUUUCAGUGGCAUGAUAAGCUGGGUGUUUGUACUAGUACUGCUAUAAGCUCAAGCCCUUUUUUAGCAUAUUGAUUCCUUGUCUUGUUUUAUUCAUGAUACCAAAUCAACUCAGACUCAUUCUCUUCAUCUCUUGAUACCAAAGCAUUUGUCUGUCCUUGUGGCAUCAGCAAGCAAGUGUUCAGACGAGACCUCAGAUAUGUCAGAAGAAAAACACACUACCAACAUCUAACAACUAAAAAAGUGAUGCUUCCCCGUGAAUCCUCUCGUGACCUUCUCCCGCGUGCCGGAAGGCGAAAGAUCAAAAGGAUCAAAUCAAGAAUGGGAUUAAAAAGGAGGGAGAAAACUCAACAUGCCAGAGUGGCCACGUGUAAAGAUGGAUGUGUGGGAGAAGUUCUACAAGCACCCUCUACAAGGGAAAGCCUUCAAAAUGGAUUACAAAGCAUCACUACUGUUAAUUUUCUUUUUUUCUGUUUUUCAACACAAGGAGCAAACCAAAAAAGUGAGCAAAACUAAUGAAUGAGUGAGCUAAAUGAAAACAAGGAACCACGAAAAGAAAACUAAAUACAAUGCAAUGAGCAAAUAUGAGGUGGAUGAAGAGGAUGUGCUGGGGCAACAGUUGAUCAUAGACUAUGAUUGCUGUGAUUGGCAGUUCAGUGGUGAAUGACAUGCAAGCUCCAUGCUCCUCUCCUCCUACCUCCUUUCCAUGAUGUGUGACCUUGUUUUUUUCACUCACAUUCCUGAGGAAUAUUUAUUGACCUCACUGAACUGAACUUAAAAUACAUAUAUAUUUUGUUUUAUUGCCUUUUUCUUGCUUUAUAUGUUGAUGCUCCUUGACUUUGUCUCAUUCUUUCUAUUUUUGGGAUGAUUAGGAUAAUGUAUUGCCUAUUUUGAUAUGUUGUUUUGAUCUUACUGUGGGGAGUUUAAAAUAUUACUGUGAAAAUGUAGCUUCCAAGUUAUUCCUUGAUCGAGAAUGUUGUGAAAAAAAUAAGCCAAAACUGGAAAAACCAAAAGCAAAAUCUUUUUUGAUACAUAAAUGAGCCAAAUAGCAGCCAAACCAAUGAACAAUGGAUGAAGGGAGACAGCUAACUACCUGCACUGGUGCUAGGAGAGAUUGAAGGUGUGUAUUGAAGAGUGCUUGUUUGUGUAUGUGUGUGUGUAGAAAAAACUAUUCUCCAGCAUAUAAACCAAACUGAAAUGAACCAGUUAGCCUGCACACCUUCUGUCCAUUGUAUCACCAGAGAGCAGUGAGUAGCUACUGUACAUCAUCUCAGAAAAGACAUAAAAGAACAAGGACACAGAGAAACCAAUGAUGAAUCUAGCUGCAGUGGGAAGUCGGGGGGUGGGGGUUGUUGACAUACACUUCUAGAGGGAAUGUACCUGUUAGUGUUUCAAUAGAUUUUGUAGGAAAAAAGCUAACUUAUUGCUAAUGUGAAAAAGGCUGUGAUAAAAAAAAAAAACCUUAUGAAAUGUUGAUGAUGAAAACUUCAGACCAAAAGCUUUAAACUGUUUGUCUUUGGAUUUUCUUUUUCAUGCAAAGAUUUGUGCUUAUUUUUGGAAUGGUUGUUUUACAAUUUGCAGUGUUUUGCUUGAUGAUUUGUAUGGUACUGUUUUCUUUAUUUAUUUGUUUAUUUAUGUAUUUAUGAUGUUUUCUUUUUAAUUUAUCAGUUUGGGCAUUUUAAUCAUUAUACUGGAUAGAUUUGAGGGUGACAUUUUAGGAACAAAAUGCUAGUUAUGUAUGUAAUUGUGGUUCUUUGAACACCAGAUGAGUGCCAGGGGCGGUGUUUAAACACGUGCCAAGACCUUACCACAAAGUCAUGUGGUGAUGGUAUGAUGUAGUAUUUUGCUAUUAAAUACCACCCUUAAUGGCUAUAUGUCUCUGUACCCUUCUCAUCAAAAUCUUGUUGGUUUGGCAUUGGUUAAUCAUCUGUAUAACCUACACCAAGUUAUCACAAGGAAACCAAGCACCCUAGGACUGACCAGAAGGGUACUCGGAUAUGACUGCUGCACUCAUUCCCCUGGGAGAAACGAUGUUGAAUCUGGGAAAGGUGCAUGGUUGAGGCCCAGGUAGCAAUGGUGCAGACCUCCUGGAGAAGCACACCUCUGAGUACAACCCAUAAGGAGGAGACGCUUCAUGUAGAGUGGCAUGUCAUGGCAGGAGCUGGGUGUCCAGCCUGCCUGUUGGUCAAAGUGAUGGCAUCUACUACCCAGUCUUUGCUUAGAUAGGGGGACUCCACACUGUUUCCGCUGUAACAGCUGAUUGAAUCACCACCACCCAGUACACAUAGUACUGUAAGGUGUGCACUGGGCAUAGCAAGGAUAGCUCAGCUGGUUUCCCUUUAUGGAAUGCUAUGAGUUCAACUAACUGGUUUACACCAGUGGGUGAUAUGACUUUAGGCUGGAACCUUGGGUUCAGCCACAGGGUUACGCCUGCAUCAUCUGGCCACAGGGUUUGCAGGGUGGACUUAUAGAUUUAGUAUGUAGCUCCCACUCUUCUUUCCAAAGUGAUUACCAGCAAGAAGGUGGUCUUUUUCUUCAGCUCAGCAUCCUUUAUAUAGUCAUAAGGGAAGGACCUCGGAGACUCUAACACAGGGGAUGAAGUCCCAUGCUGGAAUCUUGGGGGAGAGCCAGGCACAAAGACAUCUCACUUCCUUCAGAAGGGUUGUGACAAGUUUGAAUGCCUAGUGAGACACCAUCCAUAGUGUUGUAGUGUGUAGUAAUAGCUUCUAAUGUACAUAUACAUAUAUACACAUAGAUGGAGAUUAUUCUUUGUUUAGCAGUUUCUGCAUAGAGGUUAGUACUUUAGGCACCAGAGAGAUGUCCAUAUGAUGUCCAUUUGCUUCCAUUUGAGAGCAUACAUGUCCCACGUACUAAGGGUUCUUGUGUUUAAUAAUGUUUCUUGUACAGUGUGGCCAUCGUUAUUGGCCUGUGCUUUCCUCUAUUCCCAUAGAUGUAGGUACCCUGACUGAGAAGGACUCUGUGGCCUGAUUGUGAUUCUGUUGGCAGAAUCAAUGGCAGAGGUGGAAAAUCAUACAGUAAUCCACCAGCCAGCUCUGUGUAGGGUGAAGGCAAACAUGUGCUUCUUCUAAGAUACAUGAAGCCAGCCAACUGCAUCUUUUUGAACUGCUGCUCAUGCUGCAUCACAGGGCAGCAUAAUAUACUCAGAGGAAAGUGCUAUUUGCCCUCUUCUGCAUACAUGAGCUCACAGAAGCCCAAGUUAACCUAGGGUCACUUUUAUUUGAAAGGGGAGAAAACAUUUUACACAUAGCACACAUAUCUGCCUGCAGGAAUUUGCUUGCAAAAAAUAUACUGUCUAAAUCUGAUUCUAAACUAAAAAUUUGGGUCUAAAUCUGCCAAACAAGUGUGCUGUGAUUGAAUCAGCAUUCUCUGCAUGAAAUGUCCAUUCUGACAGUUGCUUCUCUGAUCGGUGCCGAGGCAUUGAACACAGAACUGUUGCCUGUACUCUGCUUCUAGAAAGCUCAGGCAAUGACUGCACAAGUGUGAGUCCUGCAUUAUAGCUUUAUUCACUUGGAGCUGAGACUAUGCAUAUAGUGGGAACCAGUGAUUUGGUGGUUCACCACAAGGAGCACUAAUCUGAGGGAAAGCCACCUGGAAACAAUAGGUAGUGAAAACACAAGCCUGGGGAUGUGGAA